AUGCAUGCCACAACUAACGGCCCAGCUAUUGCGACCGACACCGUGCCGCAUCCCUCCAGCGCCUCCGCAACGACCACAUCACCCUCAUCGCUCACCCCCACACUCUCAGUGUCUCCGAAUGACACCGGCACCUCCACGCUCCAUCGUCUGAAAUCCAAAUCGUCUUUGUGGUCCCUCGGGAGCAGUAAUAACGACGAAGAGCCCCCUACGCCCGAACCCCCCAGCGCCGGCCGGGCAUCCAUUCUCCGCCGGCUGUCUCCCGCUCUUGCAGCUCGGGUAAAGCUGUUGGAUGGAAGCAACAAAACCGCAUCGCAAGGUCGGAACUUCAAUGCUGUCGGUCGAAUUCCCGAAGAGCACCUGAAGGAGCUCGACAGUCUUCACCAAGAUCUGUCAAUCAAGGUAGAGAGGAGGGGUCAGGCGUGGAAUGGAAGAGACGAAUCGCCUGGGCAGAUCCAGAAAGUCAGACGCAGCGCGUCAAAUCAUCUCGAGCUACCCCACCAAGAUAUCUUCCAGGAAAUUACCGACGCGCAAAAACUGGACCCGGGAUCAGCAGAAGCCAUCGCCGAGGGCCCCGAGCUGCGCAUCCCAAGUGCGACUACCGGACCAUUCACUGUUCAAACUCCAGAACGCAGCGCCAGUCCACACACAUCCACGCCAAUGUCUGUCGCAGAGCCGGUCCUCGCGCAGCCGGGUGUGAAUCCCAUGCAAAGCUCUAUACCUAGAAAGGCGGUUCCGGACACUCGGACAGACUUCGAGAAGUAUGUCGACGACACUGCGCGGAAAGAAGAGCGAUCCACAGAAGAGGAGUCCGCUGCUCCUCCUCCACCACCACCGAAAGACUCUCCUCCCGCAAAUGCCGGCCACUCGCGCUCCUCUUCCACGAAUUCGCAAUCAUACUUCAACCCCAUGGGUCUCCAGCGGGCAGACUCAAUAUACUCUUUCUCUCGCGCAUCAUUUAGCAAUCAGCUCUCUCAGUUGACCUCCAUACCCCUUCCGCAACCAGCGUCACUUGAAGCAAGCAUCGAGAAUAUCUCCACAGCUCUCACGGCAGUCCGAGCCCUCAACGGUGCCGCAGAACAGAUUCAAAUCUGGAUCAAGAAGGCCUCAGAUGUGCUGAGUGGCUUGGACUCUGAAGAUGACGUGGAAUGGGCCGCAGCCGGUGGCCGGGAGGGGCUAGAUGAGGUCGACAAGGCCAUCACGCGGUUCGAGUCCUUGGUUGAUAUAUAUGUAAGAGCCAUUGAAAAGGUGCAACUACGAGGUGACAUUGCCAGCGUCGACGCAGAGAACCUGAAGACCAUCGUCAGUCAGAUGGAGAGCAUUUUACAAAAUUGGAGUCAAAUAAAGAAAAAGCUGAAGGGCGUCAAAGAGCAGGUCGAGUUGGCUAUGGAGUGGGAAGAGCUCUGGUCCAAUGUCCUGGGUGAUGUUGGAAUGGAGGUUGACAAUCUCAGCGGUCUAAUUUUUGAAAUGGAAGAGAAACGGCACCAAGCAUUGAUGAGCACAGGCGAGACCACUGGUGGUCUUGACAUCAAUGAGUUGGAGACUAUCGUGGAAGAAUCUCCCUCCAAGGGUCGUUCACAUGCCCAUAAUCGUUUGAGUAUUGGACCCAUGCUGGCCACUGCGUCCGGUACUCCUGUCAUCAAGACCCCACAAGACGAUACGAGCCACUCUAAUCUGAUGGCCAUCUUUGCCCGAAUGCAACCAUUGCGCGCGUCCUUGGACUUUUUGCCUAUGCGACUCUCAAUGUUCCAAUCACGAGCUGAGAACAUAUUUCCAAGUGCGUGCGAAGAGAUUGAAGAACGUCGCAAUCGGCUGGAAAGCAGCUACAAGGUUCUUGAGACAGACGCUGAGGCACUUCGGAAAGAACUCGGAGAAGACAAGUGGAUUCUGGUUUUCCGCAACGCCGGUGCUCAGGCCCACAAGAUGUUUGAAUCCGUCGAACGGAGCAUUGGUAAACUACAAGAAGGUCUGGAAAGCGGUAUGCAGGUGCAUAACACUUCAACGAUCACUAAGCGUGUCGAGAAUUAUGAAGCGAAAAAGAUGCACUAUAUUCCCGCCAUAGAGCGCGUUGUGUCUAUCAUUCAAAAAGGUGUGAAUGAUCGGCUGACCGUCAAUGGAGAAAUCCUGCGGCUGCUGUCUGAUAUGACGACCCGAACGGAUGCUUUGAAAGCUAGUACCAAGGUGAUGGAUGCAUCCCUUGAAGAUGUUCAAUUCCUGAAGGGCCAGCAGCUCCGAGAUUCAAUAUCCAGUAUACUUACCAUGGAUAGCCCUGCUCCAGGCAGUGCUGCAGAGACCCCAGGAAGCUCCCCUGCGUCGUCGGUCAUCAUGAAUGGGAGCGGCUACAAGGGUGCCUUGACUCCAAUGGGUGGCUCGAGCCGUCGUGAAAGCUCAGUCAGCAUUACUGCUGCCCGUUCUGCGCUGGCCCCCAAUCGCCGUUAUUCCAGCCUGCCACAGCCCACCGGGACUUACACAGGCAGAAAGUCUGCGAUUCCUCACCCGUCCGGCUUCAUAUCUCCCACGCCCUCAUACAAAUCUUCCAACCUCUACACUCCAACCCCAGCUGCUCGCUCUCGUACGCCCGCACCAACGUCCACAAUCCCUAAUCGCCCUCGUUGGAACGGGAGCGCGAACCUGAACGACAUGAACAAAAAUUGGACAGACCAACAGCGACGAAUGUCAUCAGCGCCAACAGCCCGCACGCCCCGACCUGCAUCGGCAAUUCCAUUCCCGAACCCAAGCCGACGAGACCUAUCUGCAUCCCCAAAUCCAAGUGGCCACAGGGCAAACAGCCGCGUUUCCAGCCGCCUCGGGUCUCGAAGUCCUAACCGAAAUGCAUCCUCCCCUACGCCAAUACGGUCCUCGCUCCUCGACCCGCCUCCCUACAGUCGGCUGCGUCGACAGUCAGGGUUUCCCAACACUCCUCGAAAUCGUCAAAGUUACGCCGGAACCAAUCCCAUAUUCGCGCGCAGUGUGUCAGGCACCACGGAUGUUUCCGAGUCUCCGAGCAAAUCGUCACGGCCGGGCACAGCACUCGGUCAUUCUACAAACAGAAGGAUCAGUCUCCUCCCCUUACCCACGCGAACGGACGCUCCUAGUCCACAGAAGAAUGUGGACAAUCGCCCCCGGUGGCGUUAG